AUGGAUUGUUGUUAUUUAAUAUCUUAAAAAGAAAAAGAAUUACAGAUUACAAAAUAGAUCUCUAUUAAAGAAGAAUUUUCUCCAAAAGCUCUUAAACUUGAACAAUUUUCUUUAUACUUAAUUAAAGGAGAUAUAGAUAGUAUAAAUCCUAUAGAAAAAGUGGAAAAACUUGGGAGUACAUGUGAUGAAAAUGUAUUAAAUGAGAAACAACAAAGUAAAUUGGAAAACGAUCUAAACGUAUAAAUUAAGGAUGAAGUUAUCAUUGAUUAAAUAAAACCUCAAAUCCAUUAUAAUUAGAACGAGAUAGCAGUAGUAAAAAUCUAAAUAAAAAAUUUAUAGGAAUGCUAUGAAUCUUCAAUAUAAUUCAUAAUAAGAAACUAUAUGAACUUAAUAUUAUUAUGA